AUGGCUAACUCUAGAUUUGAGUAUGUCAAAGACUUCGAGCAGCCGGACGUCCUGCUCCCCAAUACUUGGAUUGUGAUCCGCAUUGACGGAAGAGGAUUUCACAAACUUUCAGAUCACUAUGCCUUCAAAAAGCCUAAUGAUCGUCGCGCAUUAGAUCUCAUGAAUGCUGCCGCUGUCGCCGUUAUGAAAGAUCUUCCAGAUCUAUGCAUUGCCUAUGGCGUAAGCGACGAGUACAGCUUUGUUUUCCAUCCAACAUGCCAGCUCUUCGAGCGACGGAGUGCAAAACUUGUCACAACCAUUGUGUCAACAUUUACAGCUUACUAUAUCUACCUGUGGGCGACGUACUUCCCAGAUAGUCCGCUGCAGCCGCCAUACUUGCCUUCUUUUGAUGGUCGGGCGGUUCUCUACCCGUCGAUGCAGAUCUUGCGGGACUACAUGAGCUGGAGGCAGGUUGAUUGUCACAUCAACAACCUGUACAACACCACUUUCUGGACUAUGGUUCUCCAGGGUGGUAUGAGCAAUACCGAUGCUGAGCAGGAGCUCAAGGGUACUGUAUCUGCAGACAAGAACGAGAUCCUCUUUAAACGAUUUGGUAUCAACUACAAUAAGGAAGAGGAUAUUUAUAAGAAGGGAAGCGUACUCUACCGUCAAUAUGAGCUUCAGGAGCCAAAGUCUGAUGGCCCAUCGAUUGACAACGAAAGUGUCGCGAUAUCAAAACAGUCAAGGUCUCAACAAGAUAAGCUCAAGAAACUGCGCCGCAAAGCCCAGGUUGUGGUUGAUCAUGUCGAUAUCAUCAAAGAUGAAUUCUGGGAGCAACGCCCCUGGAUUAUCUCUAACAUGCCCGGAAAAUUGUUACAGAGUUGA